AUAACGCUUCACAAAAGUAGUAAACUAGUAGCAGAACAUUUCGAUAAACAAACAAAAACAAUACUGUAUUGUCAGUGGUGGAAGUAUCUUUUGAAAGCUGCACUGGUGCAAAUAUCACAGGAGCCAGACUGACUGUCAGGGUGCAGAGGGCAGAUGCUUGUGGUGCUACUGGUGUCCCUGCUCUGCUGUGUCCCUGCGGCCCAGACCUGUCUGCAGUGUGACCGCAGCAUCAGGCUCCUGUACGAGGAUUUUGUCCUGUCUGCUCCCACUGUGGACGACCAGAUUGAAAUAAAAAAGAUCUGUGACUAUGCCUAUGUGACCUACAGAGAGACCAGCCAGGAGCGAAAGGGAGUUAUUGAUCCCACCACUCUGUACAGAGUCAGAACUGAGUACCAGAGUGAAUUUCACCGCUUCUUGAAAACCCAGCACAGUGGAUCUGUAACAUUUGAAGCCAUUCAAAUCCUGGAGAAGGGCAGGAAGAUCUUAGAAAAACACUUGGAUGUAUUCAUCCACGAUGGAUUGUGCCCCAACAAGUGUGGGCUUUUGAAACGAAGAGUAAUGGAUUGCUCCUCUUGCCGCUACCGGAGAUACGUCUGUCCCUCUCCCUCAGGCCAGCAGAGCUGCGGCGAGUACCCAGUGCAGGCUGAAGAGGGGGGCCAGGCAGUGUUGAACUGUUUCCUUCCAUGGCAUCGCCUUCUGUUGGAAAAAACAGAGUACCGCUACUCCUGGGCCCCCGGUGUGCCAGGAACUAAAAAGCUGAACGAGAGUGACUUCAAGGCCUUGGUAGUGACAGAUGACUCAUCUGUGGUCUUAAAUCAGCUGCAUGUGGAUGAACAGGGAACCUAUCGCUGCUCUCUGCAGGGCCGUAAUGGAACCGUUUUCUACCGAGUCACUUUCCUCCUCACUGUCGCCCCUGUGCCUGACCCAACUCUCCGACCUGUGGUCACGCUGCCCUCACCGCCUCACGGAGACAACUACUCGACUUUCCAUCCUGCAGACCUGCUGGUGCCACUCAUCGCCAUGGUUACUGCUCUGAGUCUGGCAGCGAUCAUAGGCCUCACAGUUGUCCUGGGAAUGAUGAUGAUUCAGAGGAGAGCCUCAGAGGAGACAAGGAGAAGCAGGGCGGAGAGGAAGAACACACAAAACGCGGUUUGAUAAAGAUACUGUUUACAGUAAAUACGCACAUUACAGGCAGUGACGUUUUACUCACUUAGAACACAGGUUGGACAUUUCUCUCAAUAGCUAAAUAAAUUUCCAGCCACAAAGUGCCAAGUUGGGUAGAAAUUCCACAGAUAUGAGAAACAUGUUGAUAUGUUGUUUGUCUUAAGCAAUGGCAAAAACUCAAGCAAUCAAUCAUUAUGAAUCAGAAACUGUGAUCUCUCUCGUAAACCUGAAACUGUAUGUCGUAAUAAAAAUACACACCCCAUGAAAA